CGAAAUUUGUAAGUGUAACAACAAUAUGGAUACUUUAAACCGAAUUGCGACUACUUUCGAAAAUGUCAGAAUAACCAUCAAGACUAAGAACUCUACAGAGAGACUACAGACUCUGAAAAGGGAUAUCCAAAGUAUCAGCACUGAACUAAAGGUACUUGGAAAAGAGAAUCAUGAUAACCAUAUAAGGGCACUAGCUAUGGAGGGCUACCUCACCCUGCUUUCAGCUAAAACAUUGCCAGUGUCUCUGGUGGAAAAAAGAAAUAUUUUGCUAGCAGCCUUCGAUAAGUUAAAACCACACGCAUUACGCGACGAAUGCCUAUUCAUCACGUUGAGGAUUCAAAACCUUCUCUGUUACUAUUUUAUUCAACUGGACCAGAUCACUCAUGCGAGAGAAAUUCUUGAGAGCAUGGAAGACUUGUACGAUAAAGUCAGUAAGUCACAACCUGAUAAGUUUCUCGAUGCAGAAGACUUGUUCACCUCCGAACCACUCUGCAACAUCAAACGAGUAAACCCUGAAAAAAUUGACAAAGUAAUCACGAAUAAUGUGCAAAUGCAGGCCUUUAUUUACAACAAAUUGAACAUGCCUGAGAAAUACACGCUUUACAAUCACACUGCAUUAAGGAGGCAAUUAGAGAUGAAAGAGGGCACUCCCCAAGAUUGGGCUCUGAGGGCAGCCAGACUUGGAAACUACUUCACUUAUCUCCACCAGCUUGGCAAUGCCAGGCAUCACUUGUGCGCGGCCUACCACGUUCUGAGAACCUGCCACGAUAACUGCAAACUGGUGCCCGAAGAAUUCGUCCUGCAAAAAGCGGACUUCGAGAUGCAUUUCUUAGAACUGAGUCAUCAUUGGGUGAAAUACGGUCUGACUUUAUUCAAGUUAUCAAAAAAGAAGAUUCUGAACCGUUACUUUUCACAGCCGUCGUCGCGUUCAGAUUUAUGGAAAACCGUAGACUUGCUGGAAGAGCAAGACGAAGGCGCGGAAAAAUUAGAUGAAGAAAAUGAAAAGGAUCAGGGCGCCGAGAAAAACGGCAAAGGCGACUGCGUCCCAGAAAAAUUGUUUUCAUUCCCAUCUCUAGAUUUGAAAGAAAUGGAGAAUAGAGUACCGCUAGAUGUGGUAUGCACGGUGGAGGACGCCAGGAAGCUAUUCGCGUUCACCCACAAAUGGUUGAUGAGAGCAAAACAUUAUUACGAUUUUGAGCAUCAUUCGGCUCAGUAUAUCUCUUGCUCUCUGCAACUGGCAGAACUGUACGAGCACCUUGCGUUCUUCGAGAGGAGUAUAGACAACCAGUACACCAUUCAGAAGCGGAGAGCCGACGUGCUGGAGACAUUGAACUCGCUGCUGAAGACGUGCGACAACGUGAUGUCGGUCCAGAUCGACGUCAUCAGAGAACUGUCUCAGGUCCAGUUAGAACUGAUGGCGCUGAAUCUGCAGAAGCUGUGGCGUGAGGAGUCCCAGACUAACAUUUUCAACUUCGAUGCUGACGCCGAAUCGAUAAUAAAUUCGUUAGAUUCCGAAUCGAAUAAAACCUUGACGGAGAAGACGUUGAAUACAUCGUGCAAGAACAUGUUCUUGAGGAAAAUGGAAGCGGCGACCUCCAUCAACGGGAAACUGUUUCGUUUGAGCGGGCAGCUGGGCGCUAGGACACCCUCGCAGCUAAGCCUUAAUAUGGGCUCUUUGAAAAACUGA